AUGGCCAUGGACUUACGGGGUUCGGACUCCGUGCCCGGUCAAAACCAUGAAGUAAAUUCUGUCUUUACCCCAAGCUCCGAGCCGCUGCGACCUGGCGGCCGGAUCUCAGAUCAAGCCGGGGGAAACAGCGCUUCUGAGGCCAAGCCGACUCUGCCUACAGGGCAAGCUCAUUCUAGUGAACCCGCUGAACGGGACCCUCAGGCGUGCAGCACAGCCAGCCUCAACUCAGAGAGCAAAGGUGGCAUUGGCAACUGUGACGCACCAGCCGGCGAAUCCCUCCUAGGGAACUACGAACUCUCCCAGCAGAUCGGGACGCAGCUUAAACUGCUGCCGAUGAAUGAUCAGAUCCGGGAGCUGCAGACCAUCAUCCGGGACAAGACAGCCAGUAGAGGGGACUUCAUGUUUUCUGCAGAUCGUUUGAUCAGACUUGUUGUGGAAGAGGGGUUGAAUCAACUGCCAUAUAAAGAAUGCAUGGUGACCACCCCAACAGGGUACAAGUAUGAAGGAGUGAAAUUUGAGAAGGGAAAUUGUGGGGUCAGCAUAAUGAGAAGCGGUGAGGCAAUGGAACAAGGUUUACGAGACUGCUGUCGAUCUAUACGAAUUGGAAAGAUCCUGAUUCAGAGUGAUGAGGAAACACAAAGAGCCAAAGUAUAUUAUGCCAAAUUCCCUCCAGACAUUUACCGGAGAAAAGUUCUUCUGAUGUAUCCAAUUCUCAGCACUGGAAAUACUGUAAUUGAAGCUGUAAAGGUUCUUAUAGAACAUGGAGUUCAACCCAGUGUUAUUAUCCUACUCAGCCUGUUCUCCACUCCUCAUGGUGCCAAAUCAAUCAUUCAGGAGUUUCCAGAGAUCACAAUUUUAACUACUGAAGUUCAUCCUGUUGCACCUACACAUUUUGGACAGAAAUAUUUUGGGACAGACUGA